AUGUCACUUUGGGUUGACAAGCAUAGACCGAAGUCGUUGACCAGCCUUUCACAUACGGCAUCGCUUACCAAGCAGCUCGAGGCUUUAGCAGGUUCUGCGAAGGACCUGCCGCAUAUUUUACUUUACGGGCCCAAUGGAAGUGGGAAGAAGACACGGUGCAUGGGGCUCCUUGCAAGUAUCUUUGGAGCAGGUGUAUACAAAUUAAAGAUUGAUGUGCGGCAAUUUGUUACGCCAUCUAACAAGAAGCUCGAGCUCAACGUCGUCAGCAGCCCAUACCACAUCGAGAUCACGCCGAGCGACAUGGGGCACAAUGACCGGAUCGUGAUUCAGGAGUUGUUGAAGGAGAUUGCGCAGAUGGAGCAGGUGGAUUUCCAGAGCGGAUCGGAGGGGCUAGCGCGGAGGUACAAGAGUGUGAUCAUCAACGAGGCCGAAUCGCUCACGCGCGAUGCGCAGGCCGCGUUGCGGCGAACGAUGGAGAAAUACUCCCGCAAUAUUCGUGUGAUCAUGUUGUGUGAUUCCCUUUCGAGCAUAAUUGCGCCGAUCAAGUCGCGUUGCAUGCUCGUGCGAGUACCUGCGCCAGCGCCCGCGGAGAUGGUUGCCAUCAUGGAACGCGUAUGCACACAGGAGGGGGUUACAGCCUCUGAGCAUAAGUUGUACGAGAUCGCAGAGUUUGCAGAUGGGAAUCUACGACUUGCUCUUCUUACGCUUGAAUCCAUGUGCAUCCAACACAACCUUAAGUUGACCGAUACGUCGACAACCGUUACCCCUGACUGGAUGCUGGUGGUCUGCCGGCUCGCAAACAAAGUGCUAAAGGAACGUACAGUGGGCAGUCUCGUGGAGUGCAGGGGCAUCCUAUAUGAUCUUCUCUCACACUGCAUACCGCCAGACAUCAUUUUACAUGAGCUUGCUUUCGCCCUCUUGAAGAUGGUCUCUUCGGACCCAGUGAAACUUGCGGUCAUCGAUCUCGCCAGUGUAUUUGACGAGCGCUUGGCACUGGGCAACAAGGCCAUCUACCAUCUUGAGGGGUUCCUAGCUAAAGUUAUGUGCAGCAUCGACUGCCACGUAUAG